GUCCGGUGCUGGCCUCUAGAGGUGGUUGCAGGACGUGCAACGGCUGUACACCACUUAUCGUCGGCUACGGGAUAUAUGUGCUUGCCAAAGCAAGGUUUAACAAAGCAAUGGGGACUUCACCAAACGUGCUGCUAAGAGUCUAAAACACACCAGCAACUAAACGCGUUUUAACGGAACCACAAAAAUCAUACGCCUUUUGCGGUAGUGGAAAGCUUGUCAACUCUGGAGAAAGGAGCGAUGGACCCGAGAGACACAGCCCCAGAUUCGUGGGAACUGGAGGAGGAUGUCGAGGCCCUGGCUACGGCGGCGGGGCUCCCGACCGCCUUCGCUGCCCUCAACGUCAACGCCAAGCCGUUUGUCCCCAACGUUAACGCCCCGGUUUUUGUACCGAGCUUCCUUCAAACCAGCGCCGUGGAAUUGCCGGCUUCAGACGGUGCCCCUGAUUCAGUUGCCAGCAUGGAGGUGGCAGAAACAGCCGCUCCAGUGGAGAAUGGAGGCACAGAGGCAGAAAUGACCACAGAGGAAGAGACAUGGGAGCAGAAGGAGGAGCCAGGGGGAGGUGGAGGAGGCGGAAGACAGGAAGACCUGGGGGCAGGAGGAGCGUGUGAAGAAGGUGCUGCGAGGAAGGAGAAUGAGGAGAUGAUGGAAGAGGAAGAGGAAGAGAUACCCAUACCCAAAGUGGCUCUCGCAACGCCAGAUGCCCCCAAGAAAGAACAUGUUAACGUGGUCUUCAUCGGUCACGUAGAUGCCGGAAAAUCGACUAUCGGAGGUCAGAUCAUGUACUUAACUGGAAUGGUGGACAAGCGAACCCUGGAGAAAUAUGAAAGAGAAGCUAAAGAAAAGAACAGGGAGACAUGGUACCUGUCGUGGGCUCUGGACACAAACCAGGAGGAGAGAGACAAGGGGAAAACAGUGGAAGUUGGGAGAGCUUACUUUGAGACUGAGAAAAAACAUUUCACCAUCCUUGAUGCCCCUGGACACAAGAGCUUUGUCCCCAACAUGAUUGGUGGGGCAUCACAAGCUGACCUGGCAGUCCUGGUGAUUUCUGCGAGAAAGGGGGAGUUUGAGACCGGCUUUGAGAAGGGUGGACAGACACGGGAACAUGCCAUGCUGGCUAAAACAGCAGGAGUCAAGCAUCUCAUUGUCCUGAUUAACAAGAUGGAUGACCCCACUGUCAACUGGAGCCUAGAAAGGUAUGAGGAGUGUAAGGAGAAGCUGGUGCCAUUUCUGAAGAAGGUUGGCUUCAACCCCAAGAAGGACAUCCACUUUAUGCCUUGCUCUGGACUCACGGGUGCCAACCUCAAGGACCCUGUACCUGAAUGCCUCUGGUACACGGGUUUGCCAUUUAUUGCCCACCUGGACAGUUUGCCAAACUUCACCAGAUCUAGUGAUGGACCAGUCAGACUACCUAUUGUAGACAAGUACAAGGUGAGCCGCUGGAGGUCUGGAACUUGUCUUCUCCGCUGCACUGUCCAUAGCAUAUGAGUGGGCGUAAAAUUUCUACUGGUGUUUCUUUGCCAAAAUCUUCUUUGCUCCCUCUCCAGUUUGUAAUUUUCCUUCCUCUUGGGUUAUUUUCCAAGAGCACACAAACAUGGCUACAAACAUGACUACACGCACGCGCACACACACACUGCAGCCUCUACAUAGUCAUUCCUCUUUAGGUUAAUUCAGCCAUGAUCAUUAAGUUGUAUUUACAGUGCCAGUAGAAGUGACUCAUUUUUUGCAAUUUAUUGGUAAUGCCUGUAACAACACUAAUGCAUUUUGAAUUAACAUAGCGAAUAAGAGAAUGAUAAGGUAGUAAUAAUUCAAAAUAAAGGUAAAAUGCUAAUUGAAUGAUUUCCGAAUUUACUCUAAUAAUGAAUGCAACUUUUCUCCAAACACUGUUUUGACAGCCAAUGUAUUUUCAUGACUGCAUUUUAUAGCAAUUGUUUGUCAUUUUAGGAAAUGCCUAUUCGCUUUCCUCCUGAGAGUUAGAUGAGAAAAUCGAUACGACUCUCUUGUUUGUAGGCUAAGUAUGAAGCCAUAGACAGCAGCUGGCUAUCUUAGCAUAAAAACUAGAAGCAAGGGGGAACAACUGUCCUAAGUUAACAAAAUCCACCUACCAGCACAUCUAAAGCUCACUAACUAACAUGCUGUAUUUCAUUUGUUUAAUCCAUGCAAAAAACAAAGUUUAAAAAGACACAAUGUGCUUUUAGGAGGGGAUAUGUGCUGGGCUGUUUCUUAGGUGUGCACAGUGACUUCCUCAAGCCUCUCCUGGUUGCCAGGCAAUCUUACAGUGAUGACAAGAACUUACUGUGGUAUUCAUUUUCUCAGCUGUCAAAGUAAAAAAGCCCAUUUCUCAAAAUGUGACAGGACUGUGACUUUUCUGCAGAGACUUGUAGUGGAUUCUCUUCCAAAUUUCUGUGUUUUUAGACCUAUGUAGUAGGCCAUCAUUCUUGAAAUUGUGAGGGAGUUUUCUGAGCCAGGAUGUAUUCAAUGACUUUCAAUUUUCUGGAGUUCCAAGCGCAAAUAUACUCAGUGGGUCCAAGGUGCUUAAUUGAGAAAACUUUCGUAACCACUCAAAUAAAUGUAACAAAGAUCAAUUUAAAAGUCCGAGGACACUAAUACAUAAAAUAGUAUGAUGCAGCAACGAUUAAAAAUUAUGUUCACAAGUUCAUCAAUAUAUUAUCAGCAAAUUCAUUUUCUGUAUAUACAUAAGACCACCUAAUAUAAUUUUUUUCACUGAAGAAAAGCUUGACAUAAAAUAGAAGAAGGCAAGGAUUCUUGUCCUUGUUGCAG